AAUCUAUCUACUCUUACUAUUACUUCUCUCUACUUUCUCUCUCUAUACACUUCUUCUCUUUUCUUGCUUCUGACGAGGCAGGGCGCCUACCCCCUCAAAGUCAUGGCUGACGCCCCAAACCCCUUGGACCCGAGUGACGCCCAGUCGCCCGGGCUCAAACAGGUUCAUUUCUCAUGUGUUUGUGAACCGAUAGAUAUUUUGAAUCGAUUACUUGCUUUUCACAGUUGCAUAUGCAUCGAGUUUAGGGAAUUAGAAUGAAUGAUUGAGCACCUAGGUAGCCAUGUGAGACUUGUGCCGUUCCUUUCGUUCUUGUGCGAUAGUUCCCCCUUUACAUGAUGUAUAACAUUCACAUUGUUGCUAUCAUGGAAGAUGGAGGCAUAGGUGUAGUCCACGACCCAAAUGUUGACUGACCCGCUAUGACACAACUCCUAACAAUGGCCAAGUGUAACCAAUGAAAGGGACUGCAGUAUAGUGGCUCAAGUAAUAAAUAUCGAAUCCACGGGUCUCUAGAGCUACUAUUACUCAGCUUCAGUUCAUUAUCUAGCAAACCAGAUUAAGACGGAAGAACUAAAACUACUCUAACAAACUACAGUUAAAGUUAAUUGAUAACGAUGUAAUUGCACAUGUUUGCGCCCCUAGUUCUUAUCCGUUUGAGGGGCAUAGUCGUGUGUUGUGGCCUAUUUUACGCCGGGUUGUGCUAUUUUGUCAUGUUUCAGGUCCCAGGCGUCAAAGGGAAGGCUAAGCGCGAGUUUCGGGGCAUUCGGAAGUCAUUUCGGUAAGCUGGAGCCAAAACACGGGCAGCCUAAGGCAUUACACGGCCGUGUACUGCUGGCCGUGCUUUUUAUGCCGAGAGCAAAUUCAGUUUGGCCAAUUCAGCUGCAAACACGAGCACCGAAGCACGGCCGUGUUCCACCAAAGCACGGCCGUGUCCAACGCGAAGCACGGCCGUGUUUCCACCAGCUGCUGGCCGUGUAAUUAAGCCCUGGCCGAGGCACGGGCGGAGUCAGGCAAAGCACGGCCGUGCCCUCGACCGUGCUUUGUCCACUGAUGCUUUUAAGCAUAUUUUCAGCCACAAUUCAGGGGGAUUCGAGUUUUUGAGAGAAAGAACGACUUCUAGAGAGAGAAAGUGACGAGCAAGAGUUCCCAAGUGCCCUAGAUUGAUCUUCAACACCAUUGGAGGCCAGCUUGAGCUUGGAGAAGUGCCAAUCAACGUCAAGAAGCAGGAAUCCAUCCUUCGCAGUAUGAAUUCCGUGUCUGAUUCUGCUUUUGCUUUCUUCUCUAUGGAGUAGUUCUCCCAUUCAUCUGGGUAUGGAGAACCCUAGAUUUGUAUGUUAGGCUUUGAUUGUAUGAACCCAAGUACUGAUUCUAUGAUUGAUUAUAUUCGAUUGAGGUUUUAAUGAUUGAAUGACUUGAAUCCUGAUCAAAUUCCUGUUGUUUCUGCUUUAACCUAGAAUGAGAAUAUCUGCCUAGGUUAAUAGAGUAUCUUUGAUUGAAGGUAGGGAGUUGGUGACUUUAGUCGAGGAGCCAACUCACUAUUCUGUACCGGAUUUACUCCGGUAGUGGAGGUUUUGUUCUUAGGGCCUCAAUCUGUCGACUCUGGUGGAGGUUAGUCGCCCGCUAGAGAGUCAGAUUGAGAGGGUCUGAAGACCUUUAGUCGAGACUUCAGGCUGUUUAAGAACCUUCCGCAGUAUAACUUUCAUAGAAACUGAACUUGGUAAUUACAAUCCGGCUUAACUGCAGUCUAGGGGGAACCAUAUCCGGGUGACCUCUUUAACCUGAAUACAACCAGUUUACUUGCUUUGUUUGUUUGGUAGUUUAGACUUGCACUCCAGUUUCAUUGCUAGAUAACAAGAAUUCACUGAGUAGUCAUCACAUCUAGGACCCGGGUUGAUAAUUAAACCCAAACCCGCUAUACUACGCUUUAGGAAGUGGUUUCACUUGGCCAAUUCCUGGAGUGACAGUAGAGUCGAGUCAAGUUUUUGGCGCCGUUGCCGGGGACGGCUAGGUUGUUGAAGAAAAGUGAUUUCUGUUAAUUUAGCCUUUUUCUUUUUGCUUUGUUUUCUUUGUCCCACUUGUGGCUUCACGGGUUUGUUGCUUGAGUGUGUGCAGGUAGUGCAUGACCCGUAACCAGUCGGGAGGUUUAUAGCCGUUGAAUCCAGAGAUUGACCGCACCUGUCGCCAGCUCAGGAGACAACAGCGAGCUAGACUGGCUAUGGAAGAGCGCAUAAACGGCCACCUGAGCAGCGAUUCUGAAGAAGAGCACAGGAUGGACGGAGACUACAACCAACACCAGGGGAAUCCACAGCAGGUUCCCCCGGUGAAUCAGGUCCUGGGGAACAACCCCAUACCCCAGGAUCAUGGAGUUCAUCAUCCACCACAGCCGGGUCCCACCUUGGAGUACUACUACACUCCGCGUAUUGCUGACAUCCGCCCGGUCAUCCUCUACCCGCCUAUUCCAGCAAACAACUUUGAGAUCAAGCCAUGCUGGAUUCAGCUCAUCACAUCCUCUAUCCAGUUCCAUGGCUUGAAGAAUGAGGAGGCCAGGGUGCAUCUUUCCCGUUUUCUGCAGCUGACGAACGGGUUCAAGCUGAAUGGAGUCCCCGAUGAUGCGAUCCGCCUUCAUCUCUUCCCCCAUUCUCUGGCGGGGAAUGCUAAGAGGUGGUUGGAGACCCAGCCCCCAUUGUCCAUCACCUCUUGGGACGAUCUGGCUGACAAGUUCGUGCACAGGUACUAUCCGGCAUCGAAGACUACAGAGAUUCAGCGGGAGAUCACUCAUUUCCGCCAAGAGCCAGAUGAGUCACUUCGUGAUGCUUGGGAGCGGUACAUGGGAUACUUCUGGCAGUGUCCCCAACAUGGCUUUAGUGAUGCUUUCACUGUGGGGAACUUCUACAGCGCUCUCUCCCCAGAUAGCCAGAGGGUGAUUGAGUCUUUAUGCCCAGGAGGGGAUGUUCUCACUAAGACUCCACCCGAGCUGAACCAGAUGAUUAAUACAUUGGCUGCCAGAGAUCAUUCCUGGGGGCAGAGCAGCAGAGGCAGACAUUCCAGGGACCGUGGUGUGCACGCCAUGGAAACCAGAUCCGGGCUCGAGCAGCAGGUAGCUGAGCUAGUGCAGACAUUGAAGCAGCCCAACAGUCUGAUUCCGGGCAGAGGUUUGGCUACACCUCCAGUAGCUCAAUGUCAGUGGUGUGAGAGCUCCAAUCACCUAGUGGAGGACUGCCAGGCUAUGAGGGAGUCUACCACACCCCAGGAGCAGUUGGCUUUCGUCGCUAAUGCGCGGCGCCUCGAUCCAUACAGUAGCACAUAUAAUGAGGGGUGGCGCCAGCAUCCGAACUUCGCCUGGAGCAGCAACACCACUAAACCACCUGGUUUCCCAGCACCAGCAUGUGGUUUUCAGCAGAGGCAGCCCUUCCAGGCUCGCCAGGGGCCAGACCCACAGCAGCAGCCCUACCAGCCUAGGCAGGGCCAGCCAUUCCAGCAGCCCCAGCGCCAGUUUGCCGAGCCAGUAGUAGCUCCGGCCCCAGAUGACAGGAUGACGAAGCUGGAAAACAUUCUAGCUUCAUUCAUGACCAGCACCCAGGCUGCUAUCACAUCACUGGAGGCAGGUCAGCGGAACCAGGGUGCUAUUUUGCAGGAUCUGCAGACCCAGGUGGUCAUCUUGGCCCGCCAAAACACUACCAGGGCACCAGGGACUCUGCCUGCCACCACUGUUCCUAAUCCUCGAGAUCCUCACCAGCAUCAGCAGCUGGAUGCCAUUUUUACCAGGAGCGGUAAGGUCAUAUCUGCUGAUCCUGUCCCGGCCAGACAGGAGGAACCACUGACUGCUUCCGCACUUCCAGCCGACGAUGCAGAAGUGCGGGUGGAGAAGGAAGCCCCUGCUCCCAAGCCACAACCAGUGGUUAAGGAGCAUGUACCCCAGCUUCCCUUCCCCACUCGCCUACACAAGGACAAGCUGGAGACUGAGUUUGCCAAGUUCAUGGCAAUGUUGAAGCAGCUCAACAUCAGCAUACCGUUCAUGGAGGCACUGUCGAAGAUGCCCAAGUAUGCCAAGUUCAUGAAAGAUAUCUGCACCAACAAGAAGAAACUUGGAUAUCUCUCGACAGUGUUGCUGAGCGAGGAGUGUUCUGCUAUCCUGCAGAACAAGCUGCCCGAGAAGCGCAAGGAUCCAGGGAGUUUUACUAUCCCUCUUACUAUUGGCAGCAUGCAUGUAGGAAAGUCCUUGGCGGACCUAGGCGCUAGCAUUAACGUCAUGCCAUAUAAGUUGUAUAAAAUGCUAGACCUAGGUGAACUUAGCCCUACUAGGAUGAGCAUUCAGUUAGCUGAUCGUUCUAUCGUGCAUCCUAAGGGUAUCAUUGAGGAUCUGCUUGUUAAAGUAGGUACAUUCACAUAUCCUGUUGAUUUUGUUAUUCUUGAUGUGCAUGAGGAUGUGGAUGUACCCUUGAUUCUAGGUAGGCCAUUUCUUGCCACCGCCAAGGCACUUAUUGAUGUGCAUGAUGGUAAACUGAUACUGCGUGCUGGGGAUGAACAGGCUACUUUUUCUGUGACUGAGUUUGAUCACUGUGCUAUGAUUGAUGUCACGCCUGUGCAUGCUAUGUCUGAUCAGGUACACGAGCCUGUCGUGUACCCUUCUGCACCUCCUAUUUUGCAGGACCUUCCUAUCAUUCCUUCGCCGCUACUCCAUCCAGCCUCGCCUCCGAACAAAAAGCUCAAGGAGGAGUGGCGGCCGAAGCAGCAGGUUGCUAAGCCUGCACGGAAGAAGAGUGGAGACCACUAUGAGCUGGUCCCACCUCCUGCACCACGACCACCCUGGCCGUCUGGGUACUCGCUCGCCUGCAUCUUGCCAGAUGGGCAGGUCGAGCUGACUGAUGAUGGUGGUCGCAUCCGGCGGGUGCAAGGCCACAACCUGAAGAUGUACCUCAAGAGCGACGUGGAUCCGCUCUUGGAGGCAUCUGUUCCUGCACCGCCCUGAGAAUCCACCAUGGGCGUCCAGCUAAUACGACGGUAAAGAAGCGCUUGUGGGGAGGCAACCCCACCACGGUUUGAUUUUCUUUCUUGUGUUUUGAGUCGGAUUGUAACCCGGUUUGGGUUUGGUUUGUUUUCUUUUGGUUUGGAUGGUAUUUUAUUGGGCUGACCAUUGCACCUAACAUAUUGUGUUUGAGCUCUUCUGUUCCCCUUUGGCUGUGCUUGCCCUGACUGGCCCGUUUCCAGUCCCCUGCAGUCCGUGCAUACCGGUAACAUCGUUCCCUUAUCCUUCCCUCUUCUCCAUUGAGGGCAAUGUCGAGCUUAAGUGUGGGGGGAUGUUUAUCUUUAACUGCAUUAGAUCUGUUUGUGUGCUUGGGGCCUAGUCCACUGUCCAAAUUUUUAAAUUUGAGGGCUCCAAGUACGUGUUUCCUUGCAAUUGCCUGCUCAGUAUGCUUUGAAUUGACAGUCUUUAUAGUAAGAUGCAACCUAGGGAGGUAGUCUAGCACUAUGGAGGAUGUUGAUGCAUUUAAGAAGUCUCAUUUCUUCUUCAUAUUGAGUUGGUUGAUUGAGUGAAUUAGUGAUCUUAGGACCCUUGAAUUGUGCGGUGUUGUGGAUUCUCUGCCUGUCAUGGACUCUUGUAUCAUGUUUUGAGUUUAACAGGUGCUCGAAAAUGUGCUUCAAAAUAACGUCUCCCGUGCGAAUAGGGCGAAAGUGUGUAAGGGGAGACGGGAAUCCGUUCCCAAUUUCCACCUACUACCUCCAGCCCCCUUACAUGUCUUUCCCCCGCACGAGGCUCGAGACAUACGCUCCUGGCAUGGCCGGUAAGAGCAGGUUGGGACCCUUGAAAAGAAAAGAAAAGAAAAAUAACAGAAAAUAAGCAAAACAGAAAAAAGGGGUUCCAACCAUCUUUAAGCAGAAAAUAGAGCACCUUGAAAAAA